AUGUCAGACCAAGAAGUUUUAGUCUUGAGAGGUACUUUAGAAGGCCACAAAGGUUGGGUCACUUCAUUGGCCACCACCCCAGUCCAUCCAGAUUUGUUAUUGUCUGGUUCAAGAGAUAAGACCUUGAUCAAAUGGAAAUUGACUGGAGGUGAAGACAACCAAUACGGUGUCCCAAAAAAAUCAUUCACCGGCCACUCCCACAUUGUUCAAGAUGUCACUAUCAGUGCUGAUGGUGCUUACGCUUUAUCUGCUUCAUGGGAUAAAACCUUGAGAUUAUGGGAUCUUGAAUCUGGUAAAACUACCAGAUUUGUUGGUCACAAAGGUGAUGUUUUAUCCGUCUCCAUUGCCAACAACUCUAGACAAAUUGUCUCAGCUUCAAGAGACAAGACCGUUAAGGUUUGGAACACCAUUGGUGAAUGUAUGGCUACUUUGACUGGCCACAAUGACUGGGUCUCAGCUGUCAGAAUUUCUCCAUCAAAUGAAAAUCCUUCUGUUAUUUCAGCUUCUUGGGAUAAAACUGUUAAGUCAUGGGAUUUAACUGAUUACACCACCAACGCUGACUUUAUUGGUCACACUGGUUACAUAUCAUGUAUUACAUUAUCUCCAGAUGGAUCAUUAUGUGCUUCUGCUGGUAAAGAUGGUGUUAUCAUCUUAUGGGACUUGAACUCAAACAAAACUUUAUACACUUUAGAUGCCAAAGCUGAAGUUCACGCCUUGGCUUUCUCACCAAACAGAUACUGGUUAGCUGCUGCUACUACUACUGGAAUCAAGAUCUUCAAAUUACAAGAAAGAUCAUUGUUGGACGAGUUGAAACCAGAAUUCGCUAUUGGUGCUAACGCCAAAGACCCAGAAGCUAUCUCAUUAGCUUGGUCUGCUGAUGGUCAAAACUUGUUUGCAGGUUACACUGAUAAUGUUAUUAGAGUAUGGCAAGUUAUGACUCCAUCUGCUUAA